UCCCUCUGAUUAGUUCCUCGGAGAGGAUUGCUACUUAGCGGGCUGCUGAAUGCUCCCAGAAUAAUUUAAAACCACCGAAUCAGUAUUUAUUAAUGUAAUGCUCUUAAAAUUGAAAGUACACUUAAUCCCCGCUGCCCUCUGAACGGGGAGAGGGGGCACGGGAAGGAACGUGACAGUGGAGCGUGGGGCAGCCUCGGGUCGCUGUCCGCCGGGUGCCGGCGGUGAGGAGCCAACGCUUCGCUGCUGCCCGCCCAGGGUGGGAAGAGCUCGGCGCGGGGAAAGCCGCCGCACUCCUCGCCUCCUGCCCCUCCUGAGAGGGGCCGAGCCGCCCGCUCGCUAGGGACAAAGACCAACUUCACUGAGGGACCCGCCCCGCGGGCACUGGAGAGCGGCGCCGCGCUCCGGCCGCACCUCACCUGCUCAUCUCUCCAGCUCCCUCCGUGUGCCUCUCUUCCCACUCAGCGCACUCCCGCCCGCAGCAGGGCGGGGGGCGGCGAGCCGCAGAGGCGGCCUGGCUCUCCGGCGGGGCGCCUGGUGCCGGCAGCCAGAGCGGCGCGGUUCUCCUCAGUGAGCCCCGCAGGAGGAAGAGGAAGCUAUGGGACGCACCCGUUAGGUUUUACCUCCGCCAGUGAUGCCUCUACCCCCUACCCCCGGAGGACGCCGACGGGCUUUCCUGAGGAGAGCGGCCACCUCCUGGCAGCGCUGCCCUUCUCCACCCGUGGCAGGGCUCCGUGCAGCGAUAUCCCGAGACGAGUGGAGCAGCCCGCUCCGUGCCCCGCGGUAAUUCUGUAAUGGACCAAUGAAAGCCAAUGAUGACAAGUUGUGGUCAACAGCCCUUGAAUGUGCUGAUGGUUCUGCUUUCAUUACUCUUGUCAGCAGUGUUGUCCGCACAUUUUCGAGUCUGUGAGCCAUAUACAGACUACAAAGGUCGCUACCACUUUGGUUUUCAUUGCCCUCGUCUUUCUGACAAUAAAUCUUACAUCUUUUGCUGUCACCAUAACAACACAGUGUUUAAAUACUGCUGCAAUGAGACAGAAUUUCAGACUGUUAUGCAGAUGAACCUAACAGGGAACACAGAUGGAUAUAUGCAUAACAACUACAGUGCACUGCUAGGAGUGUGGAUCUAUGGCUUUUUUGUGGUGAUCUUGCUGGUACUGGACCUUUUAUAUUACUCUUCAAUGAACUAUGACAUUUGCAAAUUUUACCUGGCACGCUGGGGAAUCCAGGGAAAGUGGAUGACACAGGGACAGAGUCGAUGGAUUAACCCUCCUCAGGAUCCAAGCCAGACACAGCCUCAGCCAGAGACACAGCCUCAAACUCAGCCUCAGCCUCAAACAGCCCAGACAGUACAUACUUUAAAAGGAGAUGCUUUAAGCCCACCCCUGAUGUCUUUUCAGAGUACUUCUGCCUGAAAAUUACAUUGAUGUGCCUCAAGAUGGGAGAGGUGAGAUCAGACUUCAAGGAGCAGCUUUCAACAAUAACAACUAAAUGACAAGUGAUGAAAACCAAUGAAAGAAUGCAGGAAGGGGAUUGAGCAAGUCACCUGAAGAGAAACACCAUUCAGACAACUACUGUAGGCAACAGGUAUAGAAAAAGUCUCUGGAAGAAAGUAGCCUGCAAGCAAUAUUUUCAUUCUAGAGCGACAAUAUUCUCAUAUUUAAGGAAAUGCUCAGUAGGAAGAAAAUUUAAGUUGUUCUGGCAAACCCAUACGCAAAGGUGGACAAAGAUCACAAGACAAACCUUUGGUAGAUAACUUUUCUUUGCCUCCCCAUCCAUCUAUUGCCAUUUGAGCCUAAUCUAAGUGUCAGAAUACUGAAUGUGAGUUUUUCCAAAGCUCUCUGGUAAAUGCUUUUGUCACAAUAGGGUAGAUGCUGGCAGUCCUCACCACUGUUAAACAUACUGUCAUAUUACUGAAUGACUGGAGCUCUUUCAGUGAGCCAGACUGCAGGGUUGUGAUGUCUUUAUCCCUAAUACACAUUUUAAGAUCAUUGGCAAUGGUUCUGCUAAACCAUCAAACAUCUGGGCACGUCUUGGCUUCAGCCUCACGUUCUCUCCCGAAGAGGGUAGCUUUAUUAAGAAGCAACACAGACACCCCAUUCCACCCCUAUACACCCUGAAGCUGAAAGAUACAGGGCAAAAAAUUACACACCCAACUAUGUAUUUUAAAAGCAAUAAUACCACUAUCCCUCUGCAUCACAAGGCAAUAAUCCAGUUUCCUCAGCCAUCAGAUGACUUCAGUUUAUCCCUCACAAAUGUAAGAAUCCAUCUGUAAAGCAGAAGGACAAAGUGUGUGAAGUGCUUGGUCACCAGACUGCAAUAGCUUGACGUACCUUAUGUUAAAAUAAACUUAACCUGUGGAAAGCUAUCAAUUACAAGAGCAAAUCUCAAUUAUUUAAGAUCUAUACAUGGGGAACCUGGCAAUGACAACUGAACAGAGGAAUUCAUCUAGACAGUGUAGCACAAAGGCACCAUACACCAAAUUACUCCUUCAGGCUCAAUAUUUUAUCCUGCAAGUCCGAGUAACUGCACAAUCUCUUGUGUUUUAAUG